AUCCAAUCCCUCAAUCUCUCCUUCUGGAUUUCCUUCUCCCUCCUCAUCUUCCUCGAUUUUUCGUUUCCUAAUCGGAGAGAAAGAAACGACAAUCGGGAAGAAAGAUAGCGGGGAAGAGGAGAAGACGACGACGACAAGAGAAUGGGGAAUUGCUUCGGUUCGUCUUCAAGAUCUCCCACUCCUGCAGUUGGCACACCGUCAAGUCCAGGUCGCUCGACGUCGAGGACCAGCGGCAGCGAGACGACCACCGGGAAGCUGUCGAACCUCAGUAGCAGCACGACCCUGGGGGAGUCCUCCGGCAGCGGCGUCAGCGUCGAGAAGGUGUUCCCGGAGGGGAAGAUCCUGGAGGCGCCCAACCUUCGCGUCUAUACCUUCGCCGAGCUCCGGAGCUCCACUAGGAACUUCAAGCCCGAGUCCGUUCUCGGAGAGGGCGGAUUCGGGAAGGUGUACAAGGGCUGGGUGGAGGAGAAGACUCUCAAUCCUUCAAAGAGCGGCGUGGGCACGUUGGUGGCCGUGAAGAAGCUCAACCCUGAGAGCGUGCAGGGGCUGGAGGAGUGGCAGUCAGAAGUGAACUUCCUAGGGAGGCUUUCGCAUCCAAACCUCGUCAAGCUCUUGGGAUACUGCUGGGAAGACAAGGAGUUGCUCCUUGUCUACGAGUACAUGCCAAGUGGAAGCUUGGAAAACCACCUCUUCAAAAGAGAAACAGACACCGAGCGACUCAGUUGGAACUUAAGGCUCAAAAUAGCUGCUGGAGCAGCACGAGGUCUAGCGUUCUUACAUUCUUCAGAGAAGCAAAUAAUCUACCGCGACUUCAAGGCUUCAAACAUCCUCCUUGACACAAACUACAAUGCAAAACUUUCCGACUUCGGCCUCGCAAAGCAUGGGCCAACUGGCAGUAAUUCACACGUCACAACACGAAUCAUGGGCACCUAUGGGUAUGCUGCUCCAGAAUACGUUGUUACUGGUCAUUUGUAUGUGAAGAGCGAUGUGUAUGGAUUUGGAGUGGUGUUGCUAGAGUUGUUGACGGGACGGAGGGCAUACGACCCGAGCCGUCCGAGCGGCCAGCAAUACUUGGUGGACUGGGCUAGGCCAAUGUUAGGCAACCCAAAAAAGUUAGCGCGACUCAUGGACCCGCAUCUGGAAGGGAAGUACUUCUCCAAAGCGGCUCUUCAAACAGCAAAGCUCACCCUCAGCUGCCUUAAUGGCAACCCCAAGGGCCGACCCUCCAUGAAACAAGUCGUGGAGGCACUUGAGCGCAUUGAGGCAACAAAAGGAAUCUCUAGAGCAGAGGCUCCAACUAAUGCUCCCUAAUACAACAGUGGCGGUUGUGACUCAGGUUCAAAGCAUAGUGUGGUGUACGACCGGCCGGCAUUGCAACAACUAAGCAAGAUGAGAAGGGAGAUCUUCAGCUUUUGCACCCUUGUAAUCUAGAUUGUGAUAUUGACUUUGUUUGUUAUUUUAAUUUAGUCCUUUUUUUUUUAUAAAGAUCAGAAAAAGAUUGUUAGUCUAUAGCAUAAUCAAAAUGAUAGAGUUGAACGAACAGUGAGUCCCUUUAGUUAUCCAAGUUCAAACCAUGCACUAAACUAAAGAUCGUGUCAGAGCACAGGCAUUAUUGAUGUUCGACUUGUUUACCUGAAUUAAAAAUUCUAAAAAUAGUAA